GGUCCAGCUAGUUAGCGUCUGAGUUUAGUGAAUGUAGAAGCUUGGAGUGAGUGAGAAGUGGAUCCGUGUUUCAUGUUUUUUUAUUCUUGAAUUAUCCAUAAUAUAUAAGACGAAAGGAAAGCAUCUAUUUGGAUUUAAUUUUUACGUAGGACAACACAAACAUGGGGUGGUAAACAUGUGGGAGUGACUAUCUGUGGAUUUUAAAAGUAUUUAUUUAUUUAUUCUUUAUUUUAUUUUCGUUAGUGGACUCGUUUAAGUUACCGUGGGAAAGCCGCGGCACACGCUGGCCUGAAAGAUGGACCAGGCGAAUAUCCUGAGGAAGUUCAUUCAAGGGGUUCAUACCAUGCGAACCGGGGACCAGAGAGGAGAGGAUAACUUCGGCAGUGACUUCAUGAGAUUACGAAGACUAUCGACCAAGUACAGAACAGAGAAAAUCUAUCCUACAAACGUUGGAGAAAAAGAAGAGAAUGUGAAAAAGAACAGAUAUAAAGACAUAUUGCCAUUUGACCACAGCAGGGUAAAGGUGUCGUUAAAGACCUCCAAUCAGGACACGGAUUACAUCAAUGCAAAUUUCAUCAAGGGAAUCGAUGGGCCCGAGGCCUACAUCGCCACGCAGGGGCCCCUCCCCAACACCGUCAUCGACUUCUGGAGGAUGAACUGGGAGUAUCACGUAGCGGUCAUCGUGAUGGCGUGUCGAGAGUUUGAGAUGGGAAGGAAAAAGUGUGAGCGGUACUUCCCCCUGUUCGGCGACGAGCCGCUGUCUUUCGGGCCGUUCCGGAUCUCCUGCGAAUCGGAACAGGCCAGGACGGACUUCUUCAUCAGAACACUGACCGUGGAGUAUCAGGAUGAGACGCGCAGAAUAACGCAGUUUCACUACAUGAACUGGCCCGACCACGACGUCCCCUCCUCCUUCGAUUCCAUCCUGGACAUGAUCAGCCUCAUGAGGGAGUACCAGGAACACGACGACGUACCGAUCUGUAUACACUGCAGUGCGGGCUGUGGGCGGACCGGGGCCAUCUGUGCCAUCGACUACACGUGGAACCUGCUGAAAGCUGGGAAGAUCCCAGAAGACUUCAACGUGUUCCGGCUGAUUCAGGAGAUGAGGACGCAGAGGCAUUCGGCUGUGCAGACCAAGGAGCAGUAUGAGCUGGUGCACAGGGCCAUCGCUCAGCUCUUUGAGAAGCAGCUGCAGCACCUCGAGAGCCCCACCAACUCGGAGAUCGCUGAUAACAUGGAUGAAGGAAGCCCGGAGAAAGCCGACCAAACCUCAGACGAGGAGAGAUGGGACACGCCUCCCCCCAAACCGCCCCGGGUCCGCAGCGGUUGUCAGGUUGAAGGGGACGUAAAGGAGGAGAUCCUGCAGCCCCCGGAGCCUCGCCCGGUCCCGCCCAUCCUCACCCCGUCCCCGCCCUCCGCCUUCCCCACGGUGACCAACGUGCGGCAGGACAACGACCGCUACCACCCCAAGCCCGUGCUGCACGUGAUGGCGUCGGGCCAGAACCCCGACCUCAACGAGAACUACAACAAGGCCCCGCCCGAGGGCGGGACCGGGGGCACGGGGACCUCCCCCUGCCCCUCCCCCGGCGAGGGCCUGGAGAAGAAGCUGGAGCGCAAGCUGAGCAUCGAGAUCAAGAAGGUGCCCCUGCAGGAGGGCCCGCGCAGCUUCGAGAGCAGCAACGCGCUGCACCGCAGCCACGCCUUCAAGGCCAAGCAGCACGCCGCCGGCUCCGCCCCCCCCGGCGAGGACUCGCGGGCCGACUGCCCCGCCCAGCCCGAGGGCGAGGAGGCGCCCCCCCGGCCCAACCACCUGCCCCUGCGGGACAAGGGCCAGGCGCCCUGGUCCCUCGCCGGCUCGCAGAAGUCCCGCUCGCCCUCGCCGGGCUCCGCCCUCGGCCCCGCCCCCAGGACUGCGCUCUGCUUCACCAACCCGCUGCACUCGGAGAACUCCGACUCGGAGGGCGAGGGCCGCGGACCGCCCUCGGGGGCCGCCUGGGACCCCAGCCGCGCGAGCAGCGUCUCCACCGCCAGCGGCACCGUGCUGGCGCCCUACCCCGGUGAGCCCCACCCCGCCAGGAAGGUCUCCUCCAUGUCCAUCGCCGGUCGGUCCUCCCCUCUGGACACGGCACCAAACUGUGACGAGACUGAAGAUUCCCCUCCCCCUCUGCCCGUGAGAACCCCAGAGUCGUUCUGUCUGGCCUCAGAAGACUCUUCGGAUCAGAAGGCCUCGGGGUCGGGGAGUUCAGCGGAUUGGAGCGGCUCUCCGGACUGCCUGGGAACGGGGGCGGAGUCUCCCCAGGGUGCGAUGCCCCCCAGGAGCGCUGAGAAUGAUGACCCAGGAGAUGGAGAGAACAGGAAGAAGGCCCCCGCCCCAGGGGAAGAUGGGAACACUGCCAAUGCACGACCGGACACCGCGGACGACGCCGAGGGUGCCUCAGAGCUAGGAUUCAGCAAGCGCUGCACGAAGCCCAAAGGUCCCCGGGACCCCCCAACGAAAUGGACAUGAUAGCUACAGACCGCACCCCCCCACCCCCCUUCUCCUCCCCCAUCGCCCUACAGACCUGGAGAAGGCGUCCCUUUCCUUAAAGUGCCACUGUAUAUGGAGGAAUAGACUGUACUCUUCACCCUUUCAAACACAGCCCCCCCUUUCCGACUAACACAACCUUUUAAAGCAAUGUAGAUAAUCUCCAUCAUGCAAUGGUACACACUCUACUGUAUUUGUACUUUUUGCCAGGGGUUCUGUAUUCUGGUGCUAAUUACUCUCUUUGCUGGGACCAUUAACCUGCCUUAGUCUCUUAAAGGAUUACUGAUGGAUUUUUUUAAACUCAAGAGAAACGGCUUUUCUUCCUCUGCUGCAGUACGUUUAGACUUGUAUCAUUACAAUACAGUAAGACACGUAUUAAUAGGGGCAGUGGACUACUGUUUUUAUUUUAUUUUUUUUGUUUGUUUUUUUUUCUCCUCUAACUUCUCGAUAGCUAUAUAUGCAGUGUUUUAUUAAUGUACAGGGCAAGUAGGUAUAUAAUUUGACAAAUUUGCUGUCGCUAAGUAUUCGUAUUAACAGAAGAUGUAAGAAGUUUCUGCAUGAUCCGACACCCUUGUGUAACUUCCAUUGUAAAUUAUUUGCCCUCCUGUUUCUAGAUAAUAUUUCAGGGUUUUUUUUAAUUAUUAUUUUAUUUGAUUUUUUUUUUCCUUUAAAAAAAAAAAAAAAGAAAAAAAAAAAGAAACAAAGCAAAAAGACAAAAUGGCUGGAACCGCAGUCACCAGCCGCUGAAAUGGCACGGGCUCAAGAUUGUAAUAAUACUUUUUUGUAAAUUUUAUUGUAAAGGUUAUUUUUCUAUGAUAUGCUGUUUUAUUCCUGGCCCAUACUCGGCUGUACCUCUCGCCUUGGAGCCUGCCUGUGCCUUUUGGAGAAUCUGCCCCUCGUUCCAGCUCGCACGCGCACACACCACCGCGGCCGAGCCUCUGGAACCUCUCUCAACAAACCCUACCACACAGACCUGUUUGUAUGUUACAGAAAUCAAUCGACUUGUCAGUAAAAGAAAAAGAAAAA